AUGACAGCCAACAUGGAGAAAUCCAAAAACUUUCGAAUUGAUGCGCUGCUGGCGCACGACGUGGACCAGAGGACGGACACGGACAGUGCGUCCCCCGGGCUGUAUCACAGCAGGAGCCCCGGAGACAGCCCUCUGUCGACCGGCGGCUCAGAGACGCCCUCCUCCCCUCAUCCAAACUCCUCAAACUCGUCUCCGGCGCAGUCUGAAGUCCUCUCCAAGUCUCAUCUCUUUAACCUGUCCCAGUCGGGAUUCCCUGGCCUGCAUCAGGUGGGUCUCAUCGGAAUGCACCCAAGCUCUGUGUAUCCCGUGGCGGCCCUCGGAGGCCAGCACACCGCCUUCAUGUACCCCGGCUUCACGCAGCUGGUCCAUCCGUAUCCGGAGCAGCUGAAGGGGGUCACCGGGACGCUCCCACUGGAGCCUUGGAUCAGAGCCGGGAUGAUGAUGCCCAGACUCAGAGAGUAUAACGCACCAUCUCAGACAGGUUUGUUGGGGAAGUGUCGGAGGCCCAGAACAGCUUUCACCAGUCAGCAGCUGCUGGAACUGGAAAACCAGUUCAAACUCAACAAGUACCUAUCCAGGCCUAAACGGUUUGAAGUGGCCACCUCGCUCAUGCUAACAGAGACUCAGGUUAAGAUCUGGUUCCAGAACAGGCGGAUGAAGUGGAAGAGAAGUCGCAAAACUAGGGAACAAGUAACUCCAAGCAGCCUCGCGGACAGAGAAAGAAGCGGGAUGGAUUUGAAGAGUAUCAAACGUCACGGUGGCUCUCGCACCUUGAGCCUAGAGGAUGAGGAGGAGAUAGCAGGGGAACACAAGGGUGAGAAAGAGCAGAUAAAAGAGCUGAGAGAAAGUUCCUUUGGCUCUGUUGGGUUCACGAGGCAUUCAGGAGGAGAAAUGGGAAACUACAACUCUUACUCAGAGGAGGAGACUGAGGAGGGAGGCCCAGGAACAAAAACUGGGGCUUUCCCAUCAUAAACUCAUCCAUGUUUUUAUUAUAUGUCUUCUUAUGCUCAUUAUAAUUAAAAUAGUAAUGCCAUUGCAAUCCUGUGCACGAAGACGGUGGAAAGAAAACAACGUUUUGUUAAAAGGUUUGCUUGGUUAGUUUGUUUUUUAACAGCCUGGAUCAUAGUGCUAAACCAACUCCAAACAUCUCAGUCUGUUAUUAAUAUUACAUGAAAUCAGAACUGUUCAAUUGUUAUGUACCUGAACAUUUAAUGCUUUAAUAGCCAGCUAUCCAUCCAUGAGUUAUGACUUCAAAAUCAACAAAUAAUUCAGACUUUUUGAAUUUAUCUUUAUGACUUAAAGCCCACUUCCCUGUCCUGCCACUUGCAAUAAACACAUUUAUCUUUGUACGCGCAGACAAUGAGACAGACAUAAAAUAAAACUAAUGGUGUCAGUGUGGAUGGUAAUAUUAUCCAGGUUUCCUGGUCCGUUACAAUACGUGAUUUACGUGAACUCAGCUGACGUUUCAGGGCAUUAUAAACACAUAACAAGCACACUGUUGUGUUGCUACUGUAUUUUUUUUUUUUAGGAAUUUAGUUUGUUUUAUGAUAUUGAAUGCUUUCCCUUUGUCUUAGUUUCUUGG